UCUUCCGCCGUAAACCUAAAAUUUGACUGGAUUUUACCUGAGAUAGAAACCCCUUCAAGGGUCUGGCGAAGAAUUCAGGCUGCAGACGACCUUGCAGUUCCAUCAUUACCGUCCUUGCCAGCAAUCGACUUUGAUGACCUUGACGAUGAGGAUGAGGGCUCAUAUCCAUCCAAGUUCCCUCCAUCAACUACCAACAUUACCGCGUCAGCAAAGAAGUCUUCUACAGUUAGAUUUGCAGAUGCACAUGAAAGCUUUCAAUUCAGCGAAAUUCUUCCCAUAAACCAUCAGUCCAUCUUAACAGACGACGAUGACAACAAGUUACCCGCGGACUACUCAGUGACGUCAAAUAGGUCCAAACCAUCGACUCCCAUCAGCGUUGACAAGAAUGUUGCGGUUGUCCGUGGUGUCAGGACGCCCUCAUUAACACGAUCUGCAUCACUUGCUUCCACUUCACCGGACGCGACACCUUCAGUCGAGAGACAAUAUACUCUGC